AGCAGAAUUAUUUCAGUCCCUCAAUUACUUCCACCGAGGCCGGCCUAACUUGGUUGCUUGCUUUUAUCUCCCUCUGAAACUCUCAACCAACCGACUUGGUCUUUCAGUUUACUCUUCUCUUCACUAUUGUCCAAAUCACUUGCUUCUCUUCUUCAUUGGUUCCAUCAACAACAAAAAACAAUCUUAAAUUCAUCACUCUUUCUGUGGUUGAAUUGAAUUCCCCGUUCUAUAAAAUCCAGACAUGUCCAUGUUUGAAGUUUUAACCCUCAAAACCAACAUGUUUUCUUGGUUUUUCUUAUCCUAACUUCUCUCUGAGUGAUUUUCUGGCUUUGGCUUUCCUUGAAAUUCAAGUAAUCUUAAGAGAAAAUGGUAGUUGAGCUGUAUUCAGAUAACCCUAGCAGUAUGGAAGUGAUGAGUCCGAGGAUUUCAUUCUCCUAUAAUCUCUGCCAAUCUGAUGUUGCAGCUGUCGAACAGCAAAACCACUCUCUCAGAUCCAAUUCUUUAUCCUCACGAAGUAUGAAUUCAAGCAUGGAGUUCGACUUCUGCGUCAGCGAGAGCUUCGAGCAGGAGUCCUCCUCCGCGGACGAGCUUUUCUCGGACGGGAAAAUGAUCCCAACUGAGAUCAAGAAAAAGUCUUCCCAUCAGCCAAAGCAGUUGGAUCAAAUCAUGCCUCCAUUGCCAACAGCACCGGCUACUAAUCAACGUGACCCGAAAAUAACUACGGCGAAAGAGAGCAAGAUCAUGACGAAUAGUAGUAGUAGUAGUGAAGGUGAUGAGAAGCAGAGUUCAAAGUCUUUCUGGGGUUUCAAAAGGAGCAGUAGCUGUGGCAGUGGAUAUGGCAGAACCUUAUGUCCAUUACCGCUUUUGCCAAGAAGCAAUUCAACCGGUUCUUCGUCAAGUGCGAAGCGAUCGCUGUUUUUGAAAGAGGGUCAGAAUCAGAAGCAGAAUUCCCAUAAAUCUGCAUCCAAAAAGCCCCCCUCCUCACAAUAUUCUUCUGCUCCAAUGAGUAAUUAUCAAAAGCCUCCACUGAAAAAGGGUCAAUAUGGUUCAUAUGGGGGCAAUGCUGUUCCAUUUAGUCCUGUCCUAAAUAUUCCUACGGCUAAUAUGUUUGGUUUUGGAUCAAUCUUUCCCAAUGGCAAGGAUAAGACCAGGAAGAAAUGAUGAUAUGCAUAUGGGAUUAGGGCUUCUGAAGGGUCAAGACAAAGAGAUAAAAAGGUGCAUGAAGGGAGGGGACAUACCACAAGGCAUAUGCAUAAUUCAAGCCACAUGCUUUGGAGUGCUAAAAGACAAGGUCACCGUACUUUUUCUUGGUUAUUCCACAUGCAUGCUCUUUCCAUUGGUCUUUGUUCACAUAUUUAGAUUUCUGUGACAUGGUUUGUAUUUUUAAUCUUUUUCUCACCCUGUAUUAGUGAACAGUAGAAUUUAGAGAGGUAUGAUCUUUGUACUGGAGGAGUCUUUGACAUUUUCUUUGUACUUGGCUUGGAGUUUCAUUAUGUUAGCUUGUUAAUUUUUAUUUUGAUGAAUUCUACAUUUCUGUGUAAGAUUUUGUA